AUGGUAGAUAGUGCAAUAUCAAAUCAACAAUGGAUAGUGGCUCAUGUUUCUUUAACUCUUACAAUUGCUGGAACUGUAUUCAACCUCCUAACAUUUACAAUUCUCUGCCAAUCAACGUUUAGGAAUGCAAAAACAAGACCGACACUUCACUACAUGAGAACAAUAGCUAUCUUUGACAUUUUUAUGUUAUACGGAUGGAAUCUUGAUCAUUUUUUUUCUACCGUGUAUGGCUUUGAAAUUCAAACAUCAACAAUGCCUCUGUGCAGAUUUCUUUCAUUUUUAAAUUAUUUCGCUGCUCAAACAUCAGCUUGGCUUCGUGUUUUUAUUUGUUGGGAUCGAUAUCUAUCAUUGAGUCGUCUUCAUAAGACAUGGUUUAGUCAUUCAAAUAAUGUUCUCACCGUCAUUGCAUGUAUCAUUGUCUGUUGCGCUAUAAUAAAUGGUCAAUUUUUCAUAUUUGGUUGUUCUUUCAAUGCAGAUGGGUCAAUCAAUGCAUACUCUACGGCAUUUCAAACAUAUCCAACAUGGGAUUACUUGAAUUUGGCAUUAUAUAAUUGUGCACCAUUUAUAUUAAUGGUUAUAUUCAAUAGUGGUGUCAUUUAUUAUUUGAUUCAUCUUCGACGUACAUCAACUGUACAAAAUUCUCGAAUUCAACAUCGAUCUAUUUCAAUUACAUUAGUCAUUACGACCUUUCUAUUUCUGAUUAUGACAAUACCAAGCACUGUAGGCUUUGCAUUCUUUUCUAAUACGGCAGGUGACACUAUUUUAUAUUUCUUGGAUGGACUUCUUUAUUCUUAUCAUACAUUAUCAUUUCCAUUGUAUAUUAUUACAUUUGAUGAGUUCAGACGUGAAGUUUUUGGAAUUAUAACAUGCAACAGAAAUAAGCGAAGAGUUGUACCACAAACUCAAACUGGUGUGGCACUCCAUACUAUUGAUGCAACAAAGGCUAUGGCCAUCGCUUGA